AUGACUGCUAUAAAGGCAUUAAACCCGAAAGCUGAGGUGGCCCGUGCUCAAGCCGCUCUUGCAGUAAAUAUCAGCGCUGCUCGUGGUCUUCAGGAUGUGCUCAAAAGUAAUUUGGGACCUAAAGGAACAAUGAAAAUGUGAGUGCGACUGGUCAUGUUAGCUAGCCGUUAGCAUGCUACUGCUGCUAGCAUCGUGGUAGCCUGGCAGCCAGUAGGCCAUUCAUUGUAUUAACUGUUUUUCUUUUGUCAGAUCCAUUGUAGACAGUAGUUUCUAAGAAACUCAUAACUGAUAGAUAGUGGAUUUCCUAGCCACCUCCAAAAUACUUGUUUUAACUACUGUUAGUUAGCUAUGAUUUAGCUAGUCCAAUAUGUACUCUUAAGGAGCCUACCGUUACUAGUAGUACUCCUUGAGGGAUAACGUUACUUCAGGAUUUUGGGCAAUGAGGCCCUUUAUCUACUUCCCCAGAGUCGGGUAAAGUCGUGGAUACCAUUUGUAUGUCUCUGCGUGCAGUUUGAAGGAAGUUGCUAACUACCGCUAGCACAAUUGAACUAUGCGCUAGCAUUAGAACAAUCACUAGAAGCAUAGCCUCGAGAAGUAGGGGUGCUGAGGGUGAUGCAGCACCCCCCCCCCCCCCCCCCUAUAUAUAUAUAUAUAUAUAUUUUUUUUUUUUCUCUCACAAAAGUAGUGCUCUGUGUCUUUUAAUAGUCUCCCCCCUAAACUACUAUCUGGGCUAUGUCUGAGUGUAUAUACUAGUAGGUACCUAUAGACUUCCAGUCAUUGUACUUACACUAGUUAGCAUAACUUACAUUUACAUUUUAGUCAUUUAGCAGACGCUCUUAUCCAGAGCGACUUACAGUUAGUGAGUGCAUACAUUUUCAUACUGGUCCCCCGUGGGAAUCGAAUCCACAACCUUGGCGUUGCAAGCGCCAUGCUCUAACAACUGAGCUACACUGGACUAUAACUUCCUUCAUACUGGAUACAGAGACAUACAAAUGGUAUCCGAGAGUUCAUCUGACUCUGGGGAAGUCAGACAUAGUAAAUGUAAAUCCGGGACACUCAAAUUAGUAUGCUACAGUAUGUUACGUUUGGUAUGGUUACAUAAGACAGAAGGUUACUUAAGGCAAAAACGAAAGAUGGGAGUAUAAAAGGUUGUGUGUUCGAAUCUCAUCACGGAUAACUUUAGCAUUUUAGCUAUUUAGCAACUUUUCAACUACUUACAACUGUUUAGCUACUUUUCACCUACUUAGCAUGUUAGCUAAUCCUAACACUAACCUUAACCAUUUUAGCUAACCAUAACUCUUUAACCUAACUCCUGACCUUAAAGGAAAAAUCCACCCAAAACCACUCAUUCCUUCAAUUUACAGUUAAAUAACACUAAUAUCUGAGAACAAUAUUUUUUGUGAACAAAUGUUUCAUUUUGCCGUUAUAUGGUAGCAACAUGGAAAAUAAUUGUGGAAAUCUGUUGCAGCUCAAGUCUACAAAAUCCACAAUGCAAUGCUCUCUCUAUGGGCUGGCUGGCUAGCUAGCUAGGUAAAAUCUCAUGUUCAAUUUGCAGAUCGAUGUGCCUCACAGAGUGGAGUAUAAAAUUCGCAACGGCAGAUAUACUUUUGAGGAAAUGGGGAAACGUUGCCCAUGCUACGUCAAUGGGCCGCACGGUCCAUUCUGGGUGAUUCUGGGACAAGGAGCACUCUCCUUCAAGGAGUGAAUGGGAGUCUAUUGGGCGCUAGCUCAAAAACCCAACGUUAGCACGUAUUUUGUCAACAAGAAGUACAACAUUACAAAUAUAUUCUGAGAUGUGAGAUAAUUAACUUGAUAUCUGUAAUAUCGUAUAGCUUUGAAAUCAUGACAUUACGUACUUUCAAGGAAAAUAGGCACGUUUCGCGACAUAUACACUGACUUUGAGAAGGGAUUGCGUGACGAUUAGCUUAACAACCGAGUGACGCAGCAUGAGAACGUGAACGCGAUUGGUCGACAAUCUGCUGGGUGGGGCGUUAUACGUUCCAUCAUUCAUUAGAUUCCUAUCUCCUUUCUAUAAUAUCUCUGGUAACGGCACCAUGCAAUGUACCCUGGACUAAAGAAGCAGACAAAUUGGAAAAAUAUGCUCUUAAAUUACACAUUUCUCGAGGUAGGAAUAUUGCAAAAAUAAGAUCAAUGGCUCAUUCGAGAGAAGACAUCCUCCCGAGUUAUGACAUCGGCCAGUAUUGAAAUCUGACAUGUAUGAUAGAAGUUUUCGUGAUACAAAAGUUUUAUUCCUAUUAUUUUCCAGUGUAGUGAGCAACUUUAUCACAGUGCUAAAUCAUACCAGCCGGAUAUCUGCCUGCUUGAACUCCAAUAACUCCGAUACACAUGAAAUUACACAGGGAAUCGAUAGAACAUUACAUUUACAUUUCAGUCAUUUAGCAGACGCUCUUAUCCAGAGCGACUUACAGUUAGUGAGUGCAUAAAUUGUUCAUACUGAACAUCACUCAAGAGAUGCACAAAAACAAUAUAACGUUCAAAAUGGGUGAACCUUUCCUUUAACCAUAAGCCUAACCCCUAGCCUAGCUAACGUUAUCCAGCUAGCUAACGUUAGCCACAAGAAAUUAGAAUUUGUAGCAUACAUACGUUUUUCAAAUUUCGUAACUUAUUGUAAGUCUACAAAUUCGUAACAUAUUGUAAAUGUUUCAAAUUUGUAACAUAUCAUACUAAAUGGAGUGUCUCUGCUUUAUGUAAAGAAUAAUACAAAAUGCUCUGAGACCAGGUUGGGGAAGUAGAUAAAGAGCCUCAUUGCCAAAAUCCCGAAGUAUCCCUUUAAGGUUCAAGAACCUUGCAUGUUCUUUUUAGAGGUAGACUGGCUCUGGCAGCCAAAACAGCCAAAUACUCCAUCUAAACGUGAAUCGACUCUCAAUUGCGCUAUGGUUCUAGAAACAUAAAGCCCUUUACUUUCAUAUCACAUCAAAAUAAUUUCACAAAUGCAAAAUAUACAUGGUUUUAACCGGCUUUAUCACAGUUGCAGCCAACAAUAUUUUUCAGUGACAACACGUUUCUGGCGGCCUUCUUCCAUUACACACAGGUGUUUGGGGCAUGCUAGAUGGCUAAUUAGCACAGGUGGUCCCUCUGUCUUCUGUCUGUCUUCCAUAAACACGUGCUGUAACAUGGAGAUAUGACCAUGUGGGAACACUAACCCUAUAAAAGUGUUUAUCAAUGUAACCUUUUUGUUUUUUGAAAAUGAUUUCUCGCUGAUAUUAAAGAUAAGGUCCUUAUGUUUCCAAAACCAUACCGCAAGCAAUGCGUGUUAAUGUUCAGACCGAACAUUGGGGCUCCUAACAAAACUCCCCCAUAUAGAAGAUGCCUUUGUCCAAUGACUCUUAUGUGUAAUGUAAUGGAACUGAGAGUCAUGAUCAAGGGCUAUGAUUUAGCUAGCUGGAAUAUCAGGGAGUGGUUUUACAAUGGGCACUGGAUUAUCUGACCAAUGGUAUUAGCUGGAAAGGAUAAUCAGCAGACACCUAGGCCCUUUAGAGAAUGUAACUGAAAAGCUGACUGUAUCAUAGUUUAUAUACAACUAGUCUCAUUGCCUUCUAGCUAUACUCACAUGAUUAGAGACAUAAGUCUACAAUGCAUCUAGUAAUGUAUUAAAUAUGCAAACAUGCCUCUAACAAAUUAUUUUUGUGUGCUUGCUUGCAGGCUUGUAUCAGGGGCUGGUGACAUAAAGCUGACCAAAGAUGGUAAUGUCUUGUUGCACGAAAUGGUAAGAAAAAUGUUCCUAUGAGUUUGAUGCACAGUGAACACCCAUGUCUGCUUUUUCUUUGUAGUUCCCCUGGAUUUUACGCUCUGCUGCAGUAAGGUGUGGUCUGGAACCUCUGCACUGGAAGAGUUGCAUUCUCCUCCACAUGUGUUCAGCAGACCAGUACAUUUAAUCUAACAGCUGUAACCUUACUAAGUGUGAGAGAUUGCUUUAUAUUCUUGCUUUGCCACUUAUGUCUUGUCUUCAAUCAGCAAAUCCAGCAUCCGACGGCAUCCUUGAUUGCCAAAGUGGCUACGGCACAGGAUGACAUCACAGGUGACGGUACAACAUCCAAUGUGCUCAUCAUUGGGGAGCUCCUGAAACAAGCAGACCUGUAUGUGUCAGAGGUGAGAUUUGUCUUGGCUUGGGGGAAGCCUCCAACAUGUCAUUGAAAUACCCUUUUCAACACUGGUAGUUUCCUUGUUGAAAGAAUGGAUUUUGAUAAAUAAUUUCAUUUUAGCAAGGUUGUGUGAUGACUUAAAAGUAUUUAAUUGAUAAAUGUAGAAUCAGUGCCACUAAAGCAGGUUGCAGAAUCUGCAUCCCAGUACCAUUAGUUAACCCCCUAUUCUUGUGUUUUUACCCAACCUGUUUGAUGUGAUAUCCCCCCCCCCAAAAAAAAGGGUCUCCACCCACGGAUAAUAGCAGAAGGUUUUGAGGCAGCCAAGGAUAAGGCUCUGGAGGUGCUGGAGGAGAUGAAGGUGACCAGAGAGAUGGACAGAGAGACCCUCAUCCACGUGGCCCGCACUUCCCUCAGAACCAAGGUCCACGCCGAGCUGGCUGAUCUCCUCACAGAGGUAGGAGUGUGUGUUUGACUGUUUGUUUUGAGUGGUGGGUUGGAGAGUUCUUGAAUCUGGCUCACUUUACUUUAUUGGUCAUCAAACAAGCACUUGUCCAGGUCUGUGUUCAAAUGAUUUGAAAUCUUUCAAAUACUUAGAGCAGGGAUGGGAAACUCCAGUACUCGGGAGCCGGAGUGGUGUCACACUUUUUCCCCAUCCCUAGAAAACACAACUGAUUUUAAACGAAUUGCAUUCUAAACUGAAUAUCAUGAUUAGCUGAUUUAUUUGAUUCAGGUACUGUUGCACGGUAUACCGGUACCACAGUAAUACCACGAUACCAAAACAUCAUGAUACGUAUGAUACCAACAUUUUAGAAUACCGUAGUACCGUUUCAUAUGAUACUACUGACUUUUUCAGCCCUACCGAUCUAAAGAACCUCCUGGCACCUGUUGAUAAAAUGUUGAUAAAGGCAGUUUUGUUCAUAAAUUACGUUGAAUUUAAGCAACAGUCACUAGUCUCUUGUAUGCGUAGGUCCAAUAAUAGCCACUUCACUAUCAUGCGCAUAUCACGUGUGGUAGCUGUAAGCAGCCAGCCGCAUCACCUACCAGCCCAUCCCUCUCACCUGCUUCUCUCCGUUCACUCUUCACGCAUGUCUAUUCCUACGUCAGUUAAAAAAUAUAUAUAAUUUAGCCGUGAUGGCGAGCGGGGAUGCAGACCUAGACCCUGAUGAAUCUUUUAGAUUUUUAGAUUUGUUACAUUGGAGCAGCGCGCAAAGCGAUUUUGAUACAUUGUAUCAUUUAAUCGCCUGUUAUAACCAAAAGCACAGACUAGUCUGAGACCAGUCUGCAGCCUCUGAGUGUCAGAGAGGGGAAAUGGAGCACCGCUUCGCGACAGGCAUGCUUGCCGCAAGAAAACGGCUUGGCUCUAACCUAAACGGGUAAAGAAUUAUGACCCAAAUUACCAGAGAUGCCUUUUUUUUUUUUCUAUCGGGAUUUGCACAAAUUUUAUAUCAUUUCACAAACCAUGUCGCGGGCCAUUUUAAACUAAUCCCGGGUCGCUAAUUAUUGGUUUGAAAACAAACAACGUUGUUCAGUCAUGUUACCUAGCUAGCUAACAUCCUGGUAACUUGACAGUAGGUUUAGGCAAAUUUGAUUGGCACAGGAAGAAAGGAAAAGGGCCUGCUACUCAUCAUGUGCUUCAAAGGUGUGAUCCAUAUAGGCCAAAUGUAAGCCUAAACUAUAUAAAAAAUAAAUGUAUUUUUGGUGCUCCUUAAAUUCUGUUUGGUGCCUAACAUGCUGACCACACCGCUCGCAUUGCGUGCACGAGCGUUGCAAAAUAAAUGUACACAUGCAUGUUAUUCAUUGUGCUGGGGUACAGGUUAAUCGAGGUAAUUGAGGUAAUAUGUACAUGUAGGUUUGGGUAAAGUGACUAUGCAUAGAUCAUUAACAGCGAGUAGCAGCAGCGUAAAAAAAAGGGGGGGAGUCAAUGCACAUUUUCCGGGUAGCCAUUUGAUUAGCUGUUUAGCAGUCUUAUGGCUUGGGGGUAGAAGCUGUUAAGAAGCCUUUUGGACCUAGACUUGGCACUCCAGUACCGCUUGCCAUGCGGUAGCAGAGAGAACUGUCUAUGACUAGGGUGGCUGGAGUCUUAGGCAAUUUUUAGGACCUUCCUCUGACACCGCCUGGUAUAGAGGUCCUGGAUGGCAGGAAGCUUGGCCCCAGUGAUGUACUGGGCCGUACGCACUACCCUCUAUAGCGCCUUGUGGUCGGGGACCGAGUAGUUGCCAUACCAGUUGGUGAUGCAACCAGUCAGGAUGCUCUCGAUGGUGCAGCUGUAUAACUUUUUGAGGAUCUGAGGACCCAGGCCAAAUCUCUUCAGUCUCCUCAUGACUGUCUUGGUGGGUUUAGACCAUGAUAGUUCGUUGGUGAUGUGGACAUCAAGGAACUUGAAGCAAUCAACCUGCUCCACUACAGCCCCGUCGAUGAGAAUGGACCCUCCUUUUCCUGUAGUCCAUGGUCAUCUCCUUUGUCUUGAUCACGUUGAGGGAGAGGUUGUUGUCCUGGCAUCACACUUCCAGGUCUCUGACCUCCUCCCUAUAGGCUGUCUCAUUGUUGUCGGUGAUCAGGCCUACCACCACUGUUGUCGGCAAACUUAAAUAUGGUGUUGGAGUCGUGCUUGGCCACGCAGUCAUGGGUGAACAGGGAGUACAGGAGGGGACUAAGCAUGCUCCCCUGAGGGGCCCCUGUGUUGAAGAUUAGCGUGGCAGAUGUGUUGUUGCAUACCCUUACCACCUGGGGGUGGCCCACCAGGAAGUCCAGGAUCCAGUUGCAGAGGGAGGUGUUUAGUCCCAGGGUCCUUAGCUUAGUGAUGAGCUUUGUGAGCAUUAUGGUGUUGAACGCUGAGCUGUAGUCAAUGAACAGCAUUCUCACGUAGGUGUUCAUUUUGUCCAGGUGGGAAAGGACAGUGUUGAGUGCAAUAGAGAUUGUGUCAUCUGUGGAUCUGUUGGGGCGGUAUGCAAAUUGGAGUGGGUCUAGGGUUUCUGGGAUGAUGGUGUUGAUGUGAGCCAUGACCAGCCUUUCAAAGCACUUCAUGGCUUCUGAUGUGAGUGCUAUGGGUCGGUAGUCAUUUAAGCAGGUUAUCUUGGUGUUCUUGGGCACAGGGACUAUAGUGGUCUGUGUUACGGAUACAGGUAUCCUGUGUCUUUUUGUGUUUUUCUUCUCCUUCUGCCCUAAUCACAGGUGUCCUUUAUGUUCCUGAUUGGUGGUCGAUUGACAUUCGUUUGUCUGCUGAUUGCUGAGGUGGACCAAUCAGUGGACAUUCCUCUGCAUUGCACCACCUGUUUCUGGUUUUUCAAUCACACAUUGUUUAAAAGCCGGUCAGUUGUGUUUGUAGAGAGAGACUAUUUUCCGUAUGUGAGUAUGGAUACUGUGGUGUCCUGUGUUUUGUGUACUCACUCAUUUGCUGGUUACUCUGUUUGGUAACUUUGUUGUGUGUUGCUGGGAAAAGGGGAAUUUAAGCAAGUUGCCCUUGGGCAUACAUUACCCGUAGGAAGAAAACGGUCUAAAAACACUAGUUAGACCUGAGCGGACCACCCACUGUAAUUUUUGUAUGAUUAGCAGUAGCUUAGCGGUUCUUGAGGCAGGCAAGAUCAGUUUAGUUUUUUUUUACACUAUUGUUUCAUUUCUUGGGUCCUGCUCAGCCCUUUUUCCCAAACCUUUACCGUGUGUUCAAAAAUAAAAAAUUAUGUUUGACGGUAGUUUAUGGUUGUCGUGUAGUUUUUGUUCUCACUGUUCCAUGUCACGAUUCUAAUUUGCAUGAUUUAUGUUACGGGUCUCUUGUCCAUCCACCCUAGACGUUUAAAGCCACGGGGUUCGUAACAGUCUGCUUGAAACAUGUAGGUAUUACAGACUCGGUCAGGGAGAGGUUGAAAAUGUUAGUGAAGACACUUGCCAGUUGGUCAGCACAUGCUCAGAGUACACGUCCUGGUAAUCCGUCUGGCCUUGUGAAUGUUGACCUGUUUAAAGGUCUUGCUCACAUCGGCUACAGCGAGCGUGAUCACACAGUUGUCCUAAACAGCUGGUGCUCUCAUGCAUGCUUCAGUGUUGCUUGCCUCGAAGCGCGCAUAGAAGUCAUUUAGCUCGUCUGGUAGGCUUGUCACUGGGCAGCUUGCGGCUGGGCUUCCCUUUGUAGUCCGUAAUAGUUUGCAAGCCCUGUCACAUCCGACGAGGGUCGGAGCCGGUGUAGUAGGAUUCAAUAUUAGUCAUGUAUUUACGCUUUGCCUGUUUGAUGGCUCGUCUGAGGGCAUAGCGGGAUUUCUUAUAAGCGCCCGGGUUAGUGCCGCUCCUUGAAAGCGGCAGCUCUACCCUUUAGCUCAAUGUGGAUUUUGCCUGUAAUCCAUGACUUCUGGUUGGGGUAUGUACAGUUAGUCGGAUGUUUACAUACACCUUAGCCAAAUACAUUUAAACUCAGUUUUUCACAAUUCCUGACAUUUAAUCCUAGUACAAAUUCCCUGUCUUAGGUCAGUUAGGAUCACCACUUUAUUUUAAGAAUGUGAAAUGUCAGAAUAAUAGUAGAGAAAAUGAUUUAUUUCAGCUUUUAUUUCUUUCAUGACAUUCCCAGUGGGUCAGAAGUUUACAUGCACUCAAUUAUCAUUUGGUAGCAUUGCCUUUAAAUUGUUUAACUUGGGUCAAACGUUUUGGGUAGGCUUCCACAAGCUUCCCACAUUUUGGCCUAUUCCUCCUGACAGAGCUGGUAUAACUGAGUCAGGUUUGUAGGCCUCCUUGCUCGCACACGCUUUUUCAGUUCUGCCCACAAAUGUUCUAUAGGAUUGAGGGCUUUGUGAUGGCCACUCCAAUACCUUGACUUUGUUGUCCUUAAGCCAUUUUGCCAAAACUUUGGAAGUAUGCUUGGUGUCAAUGUCCAGUUAGAAGACCCAUUUGCGACCAAGCUUUAACUUCCUGACUGAUGUUGCUUCAAUAUAUCCACAUAAUUUUCCUUCCUCAUGAUGCCAUCUAUUUUGUGAAGUGCACCAGUCCCUCCUGCAGCAAAGCACCCCCACAGCAUGAUGCUGCCACCCCCGUGCUUCACGGUUGGGAUGGUGUUCUUCGGCUUGCAAGCACCCCCUUUUUCCUCCAAACAUAACAAUGGUCAUUAUGGCCAAACAGUUCUAUUUUUGUUUCAUCAGACCAGAGGACAUUUCUCCAAAAAGUACGAUCUUUGUCCCCAUGUGCAGUUGCAAACCGUAGUCUGGCUUUUUUAUGGCGGUUUUGAGGCAGUGGCUUCUUCCUUGCCGAGCGGUCUUUCAGGUUGUGUCGAUAUAGGACUUGUUUUACUGUGGAUAUAGAUACUUUUGUACCGGUUUCCUCCAGCAUCUUCACAAGGUCCUUUGCUGUUGGUCUGGGAUUGAUUUGCAGUUUUUGCACCAAAGUACGUUCAUCUCUAGGAGACAACGCGUCUCCUUCCUGAGCGGUAUGACGGCUGCGUGGUCCCAUGGUGUUUAUACUUGCGUACUAUUGUUUGUACAGAUGAAUGUGGUACCAUCAGGUGUUUGGAAAUUGCUCCCAAGGAUGAACCAGACUUGUGGAGGUCUACAAAGUUUUUUCUGAAGUCUUGGCUGAUUUCUUUUGAUUUUUCCAUGAUGUCAAGCAAAGAGGCACUGAGUUCGAUGGUAGGCCUACAAAUACAUCCACAGGUACACCUCCAAUUGACUCAAAUGAUGUCAAUUAGCCUAUCAGAAGCUUCUAAAGCCAUGACAUCAUUUUCUGGAAUUUUCCAAGCUGUUUAAAGGCACAGUCAACUUAGUGUAUGUAAACCUCUGACCCACUGGGAUUGUGAUACAGUGAAUUAUAAGUGAAAUAAUCUGUCUAAACAAUUGUUGAAAAAAUUACUUGUGUCAUGCACAAAGUAGAUGUCCUAACCGACUUGCCAAAACUAUAGUUUGUUAACAAUACAUUUGUGGAGUGGUUGAAAAACGAGUUUUAAUGACUCCAACCUAAGUGCAUGUAAACUUCCGACUUCAACUGUACGUACGGUCACUGUGGGGACAACGUCAUCGAUGCACUUAUUGAUGAAGCCGGUGACUGAUGUGGUAUACUCUUCAAUGCCAUUGGAUGAGUCCCGGAACAUAUUCCAGUCUGUGCUAGCAAAACAGUCCUGUGUCUUUAGCAUCUGCGUCAUCUGACCACUUCCGCAUUAAGCGAGUCACUGGUACUUCCUGCUUUAGUUUUUGCUUGUAAGCAGGAGGAUAUAAUUAUGGUCAGAUUUGCCAAAUGGAGGGCGAGGGAGAGCUUUGUACGCGUCUGUGUGUGGAGUAAAGGUGGACUAGAGAUUUAUUUUUAUUUUAUUAUUUUUUUGCACAUUUAACAUGCUGGCAGAAAUGAGGUAAAACGGAAUUAAGUUUCCCUGCGUUAAAGUCCCCGGCCACUAGGAGUGCCACAUGGAUGAGCAUUUUCUUGUUUGCUUAUGGCUUUAUACAGCUCGUUGAGUGCGGUCUUAGUUCCACCAUCGGUUUGUGGUGGUAAAUAGACAGCUACGAAAAAUAUAGAUAAACUCUCUUGGUAAAUAGUGUGGUCUACAGCUUAUCAUGAGAUACUCUACCUCAGGUGAGCAAAACCUCAAGACUUCCUUAAUAUUUGAUUUCGCGCACCAGCUGUUAUUGACAAAUAGACAGACCGCCACCCCUUGUCUUACCGGAGGCAGCUGUUCUGUCUUGCCGAUGCACGGAAAAACCAGCCAACUGUAUGUCGUCGUUCAGCCACGACUCGGUGAAACAUUAGAUAUUACAGUUUUUAAUGUCCCGUUGGUAGAAUAGUCUUCAACUGAGCUCAUCCAGUUUAUUCUCCAAUGAUUGCAUUUUGGCCAAUAGGACGGAUGGUAGAUGUGGGUUACCCACUCGCCGACGAAUUCUCACAAGGCAUCCAGACCUGCGUCCCAUGUAUCGACGUCUUCUCUUCAUGUGAAUGACAGGGAUUUGGGCCUGGUCGGGUAUCUCGAGUAAAUCCUUCGCAUCCGACUCGUUAAAGAAAAAAUCUUCAUCCAGUUCGAGGUGAGUAAUCGCUGUUCUGAUAUCCAGAAGCUCUUUUCGGUCAUAUGAGACCGUGGCAGAAACAUUAUGUACAAAAUAAGUUACAAACAAUGCGAAAAAACACACUAAAUAAGCUAGCUAAAUAUCCAUUAAUGUUUCAUGUGUUUCGGCCUGUCCCCAAAUUUAAUAUAGUUGGUUCAGAGUUCGUUUUGAUAUUUCUGCGUGUCUGGAUCGCGUCUGCUCUGGAUGUACAAAAUCAACAUGCGCGCGAUGGCGCUCGCGGACGCGCGCACGUGCCCGGUCUAGACAGCAUGUAACAUUUUAAAAGUUGGGAGCAGUGUGUGUUUGUGAGAGAGUGGUGUAUGUUUGAGAGAGUGUGUGUGUGUGUGUGUGUGUGUUAACUGAAGAGUAAAGAAGGUUUCAUGCCGUGUUUUCCCCUUACUGACACAAUGACAUGCAUAUCAUUAUGCAUGUAUAUCACAGGAGGUUGGUGGCACCUUUUUAUUAGGGGAGGACGGGCUCGUGGUAAUGGCUGGAGCGCAUUUAGUGGAAUGGUAUCAAACACAUGGUUUCUAUGUAUGUGAUGCCUUUCCAUUUGCUCCAUUCCAGCCAUUAUUAUGAGCCAUCCUCCCUUCAGUAGCCUCCACUGAUGUAUAUUCCUCCCUCCCAUUCCUCCAGCCAAAUCACAGGUAGGCCUUUGCAAAUAUGAGCAAAUCAGCCAUUUUAUACAGUAUUCUAUUAUACACUGAACAAUGUGAGGUUAAAUUCAUUUUCAGUGACAGGUCUUUGGAGAAAGUUUCAAAAACGUGAACAAGCGUCCGGGGUGAACAGGAUGCUAGGCCACUGAUUUGUUUCCCUCUGUGGACAAGAUGAAUCAAGCAAUACUAUACGUGCUGUACUCUGAUUGUAUGAUAAGUACAUCUAAUAACUUCACCCCCUCACUUUGUGGAUAUUUUGCAGGCUGUGGUGGAUGCUGUACUGGCUAUCCACAGACCCAACGAGCCUAUUGACCUGUUCAUGGUGGAGAUCAUGGAGAUGAAGCAUAAGACUGACAGCGACACACAGUGAGUGUACAUCAUCACUUCUCUCUCAUACACACACACACUCACCUGACAGUCACUGACACAGAGUACAUUCGAAUUGUGUCCAACGUUGUGACCUUUGUGUCCCCGCCCUAGGCUGAUAAGAGGCCUGGUGUUGGACCACGGUGCCCGUCAUCCCGACAUGAAGAAACGGGUGGAGGACGCCUUCGUGCUCACUUGCAACGCCUCUUUGGAAUAUGAGAAAACGUCAGUAUAACGUUAGCGCAGCUAGCUUUGCCUUUUACUAGCUGGAAUAUAUUUGUAGGCAUGGACAACAUUCUGUGUUACUCUGUCAGGAGUAGAUGCAUUCAGAUACCAUGCAAAAGCAUCCUUUCACUUCUUCUUAACUAAGGUGAGUGCUGUCCUGUGCCUCACCUACUCCAUGGGAAAUAAUACAAUACAAGUACGGCAGUUGAGUUAAUUUCAGAGAUGAGGCAAAGGUCUUUUUAAGCAGGAAUGAGUUUUGGAAAUUGGAAAGUCACUAUUAUAGGAUGUAACUACUACAGUAAAGGGGCUUUGUGAAAAAGAGCAUGAAUUUUGAAACUGUCAGUUCGCAUAAACCCCUGCUUUACUUUCAGCGAGGUGAACUCUGGCUUCUUCUACAAGAGUGCUGGCGAGAGGGAGAAGCUGGUGGCUGCUGAGAGGAAGUUCAUUGAGGAGCGCGUGAAGAAGAUCAUCGAGCUCAAGAACGCAGUGUGUGCUGAUAACAACAAGGGCUUUGUGGUCCUCAACCAGAAGGUAUGACUAGGAAGUUGCCUUUUUCGCCAGUGAAUACAUUAUUUUGGAAAUGUGAACUGUGAUCUAUCAUCAAUCUUUCAAAGGAAAUUCUUUGAAGAUUCAUGCAAUACUAACUUAUUAAGGAGAAGUGUCUGACGGUACAGUGAACACCCUUGUGUGCUUUCUUUGUAGCUCCCUUGGAUUUUACUCUGUGCUACAGUAAAGUGUGGUGUGUAACCUCUGCAUUGGCAUGUAUUCAGCAGACCAGUACAUUGAGUGUUGCACCAUAUUAAAGUUGUAUUGAUUUGAAUUAUAUUUUGGAUAUUUAAUGAACCCAACUGUAUUUUCCUCUUACAGGGAAUUGACCCAUAUUCCCUGGAUGCUCUGGCCAAAGAGGGCAUUGUAGCUCUGCGUAGGACCAAGAGGAGGAACAUGGAAAGGUAAAACAAUAUAUAGCCUACCUCCAUCUUUGUUUGUUUACAAGCUUGAACAGUGCAUUUUGCUGAGGUACACUUCUUAGGCUUGGAAGAAUGAUGUGUUACUCUUGUCAGUAGUAAAAUCAGUCAGACACCAUGCAAAAGCAUAUUUUCACUGCUACUUUACUAAAUGUGAGUGCUGUCCUGUGCCUCACCAAUCAGUGGAGGAGUGAAUACAAUGUAGCGUGUCUGUGUAACUACUUUUUAUUUGUUUACUUUGUCUUGCUGACCUGUCUUCCCCCCCCCCCCCCCCCCCCCCCCCGCAGACUCACCCUGGCCUGUGGAGGUAUUGCCAUGAACUCUUUUGAAGACCUCACUCCAGAAUGCCUGGGCCAGGCUGGUUUGGUCUAUGAACACACACUGGUGAGUUAACAUGUUGGUUCUUUACCUCAUGACCAGGACAAGCAGUCAUAAAUGGCCUAUACCAGUCUGUUUCCCAAACAGUUAGUACAGAAUUCCUCCUGUUGUGUGUGGAAUCACUGGCCACAUUCACCCACUGAGUAAGGAUACAAAAGGGGCCUAUCAGCUUGCCUUGUUCCUUCUUUCCAAUACUAUGAAAAAUCUAUGAUUUUAAUAAAAAUGUGUAAGAUAUCAUGGUCAAAGAUGUAAUGUUGUGGUUUAUCAUGAAGUUAAAUAUGUAAUGUAGGGGUUUCUCCCCCCAUACAGGGUGAGGAGAAGUACACAUUCGUAGAGAAGUGUGGUAACCCCCGGUCAGUGACCCUGCUGGUGAAGGGACCCAACAAACACACCCUGACCCAGAUCAAAGACGCUGUCAGGGACGGGCUCAGGGCCGUCAAGAACGCCAUCGAGGACGGUACGUAGCACCGCAAUGGAAGUUCAACCCCUGUUCAUCUGGCACUCCAGGCAGGAUUAAUCAGAAACUAUUUGAAUCCAGCUCUGUUAGGCUUUACCAUCAGAUCAUAGUGAGUGGGGGAGUUUUUGUUUUUAUCAAGAUGGGGCUAAUUCUGUAAAGCCUAACAGAGCUUUGUAGGCAUGGACGAAUUCUGUGUGACUCUGUCAGUAGUAGAUGCAGUCAGACACCAUGCAAAAGCAUCCUUUCACUUCUUCUUUACUAAGUGUGAGUGCUGUCCUGUGCCUCAUCUACUCAAUGGAGGAGUGAAUACAACUUGAGAGCUUGGGACUGGUUCUAUCUGCAUUUGUCUUUUAAUUUUAUUUUAUUGCCAUAGCCUUGUUCUGUUCAAUGUUCUCUACUUAUGUAUAUACUUUAAAUACCCCAAUUCAUGUGGUUAAGUUAAUAAGAAUGCAAGAUAGGAAUUGCUGACACCAUUCAAACCAAUGAGGGUUUGGAACUUUAAAGCCAAUUCUCUCUGAAUGACAUUUUUGCAGAUAGAACCUUCUAGUCCCAAGAUCUCAAAGUAGCUAGUUUUCGUGCAUACACAAACUCUUCAGGAAUGGCCCACUGUAAAGUCUUCCCCAUAGAAUGUUGAGUAGUCUGUGGUCAGAUAGCAUCCAAUCACAUCUUCAAACUCCUCUUAGCCUCAAAUCACUUCAUUUUGUUUGUCAAUGUGUGCCUGACUGAGCUCUUCAGUACUGCUUAUCAGCUGUUGUUCAGAGACUGACCCCAGUGUUGACUUUGCAGGCUGCGUGGUGUCAGGGGCUGGGGCCUUUGAGGUGGCUGUGCAUGAUGCUCUGAUAAAGCACAAACCCUCAGUGAAGGGCCGGGCUCAGCUGGGUGUGCAGGCUUUCGCUGAUGCCCUCCUCAUCAUCCCUAAGGUAUGUAAGGAGUCUGAAAACAAAGGUUUUAAGUUAUUUCUUAUUUUUGUCAAUGCCUUCCAUGCUUUGGCAUUCUAUUGAUAUAACAUCUAUGUAACUCUGACAAUGAAGGAUAUCUAGCUUUUAGUUUAAGGGAUACUUCGGGAUUUUGCCAAUGAGACCCUUUAUCUACUUCCAAGAGUCGGAUGAACUCGUGGAUACCAUUUUUAUGUCUGCGUGCAGUUUGAAGAAAGUUGCUAGCUAGUGCAAUUGCUAACUAGCGCUAGCAAGCAUUGGAUUGCAAAACUACCUCUUAACUUCCUUCAUACUGAACAAAGAAACAUAAAAAUGGCAUCCACAAGUUCAUCUGGCUAUGGGGAAGUAGAUAAAUGGCUUAAUUGACAAAAUCCCGAAGUAUCCCUUUAAGAAAAGUAUUGCUGUCUACUGCUAGCUGACUGUGUUUGUUUCUUUCUCUCCAGGUCCUUGCCCAGAACUCUGGGUAUGAUCCAAUGGAGACCCUGGUCAAACUCCAGACUGAGUACAAAGAGAGUGGUCAGCUGGUUGGUGUCGACCUGAGCUCUGGUAUGGAACUUAACGUUUUUUCUUAAAAGCUCAAACUGAGGCUAUAUGGAUUUAUUUAUUUCACAUCCAAUUGCAUGAUACAUCAUACCCAUUUCCUAUGUCAAAACAAAAAAAUCUGUUAUUAAAAUUAACUUUACUAAUUAAUUAUUUUUUAUUUUAGGUGAACCAAUGGUCGCUUCGGAAGCUGGGGUUUGGGAUAACUACAGUGUUAAGAAACAACUCCUUCACUCAUGGUAAGAAGAACACCCUUUUAAAAUCUCAUAUCAGUACGACCCUUUAGAUUUAAGAUUCAAUGACCCUUUGGAUUAAACUGUUGUUGGUUUGUUUGUUUUCUGUCCACAGCACGGUAAUAGCCAGCAACAUCCUGUUGGUAGAUGAGAUCAUGAGAGCAGGCAUGUCAUCCCUGAAGGGCUAAGGUCAGAACCGAUGACCAAGAUGAGAUCUUGUGGAUGACUACCACUUCAGAUAUUAGUUAUUAGAGCAGCCUCGUAGAAUAACUAGGGGAAUAAAUGAACCCGUAUUAGGUUCUCAUCCUAGGUGGUGGAUGGAGAAUAAUGCUCUUGUUCCCCUGCUUGUUGAUAUGUCCCUUCUGUCAUAUUAUACAUGGCCACUCAAUUUCAUCCCACAAAUGAGUUCAUUUCUCUCCCACAAAUGUGUUCUUUUUUUUUUUUUUGCUAUGGAUCAUACCAAGAAUGUAUAAACCUCACUCUUAGUAUGUAAUAAACCUGUAGCUUGGCUCUGUGAUGUUGAGUUUGCAGCUCAUUAUAAUCAGUCUAUUGAGUCUUGUGAGUUAUACAUUUGCACCAUUUAGGAUACAUCAAUCAGGUUCUGAUUUUUUUAUAAAUAAAAUUCAUCAAAACGUUAGCAUACAAUUUUAGUGUUCUCACACUCACCCUUAAACACUUUACAGUACAUGACCAAGUACAGUAUAACCCACAUAAUGUAUGUCAAAAUAGUACAUGCCAGUUAAAGUAUGCAGGGUUCAUUGCACAUACUGAGCGAAGGGGAGAAAAUCACUAGCUACAUAGUACUAAGAAGCUUCACAAGCUUUGCAGGCAGAGUAAUGCAUAGUCUUUUACAUAGCACUGUAUGCAUAUGGAAUUUAUGUGCCGAGUUUGAGGCUCAUUAUAUGGUUGAAAUGACCUUUUUAACCAUAACGUAACACACUUCACAUCUAGGAAUAAUUCAGUAGGGUGCAAUAUUUCAGAACACAGAAAUCUAUAUAAUAGAAUGGACACCGUUCUCUAUCAUACUGGAACAGAAUAGAAAGCCUGAUGUAUGCUCUAUAUUUCCAUCUCUGAACUUUCUGAGACCUGCAAUACUGUAUAAGCCAGGGGUAUUCAACUCUUACCCUACGAGGUCUGGAGCCUGCUGGUUUUCUGUUCUACCUUUAUAAUUAAUUACACACACGGUGUCCCAGGUCUAAAUCAGUCCCUGAUUAGAGGGUAACAAUUUUAAAAUGCAGUGGCACUGGCUUUAAGGUCCAGAGUUGAGUUUGAAGGGUAUAAGCCCUAGAAAAACUAUUGUUGUAACAGAUAUUUCACUGUGGAUGUCGUCUAGCUAUUUGUUCCGUACUAAACACCAGCAGACCAAUAUUCCUCAGUGCAGGUCUUGGAGGGAUAGUUCUAGGAUAUUUCCCACUUCUUCAUUAUAAUCAAUCCAUAGUUUAAAACAGUGGUUCUCAAACCUCUCUUCAGGGACCCCCAGACGUUUCACAAUUUUGUUGUAGCUCUAAACGAGCUCACCUGAUUCACCUAUAUAAGGGCUUGAUGAUUAGUGACGAGUUGAAUCAUGUGUGCUAGCUCUGGAAUAGAUCAAAUAUAGGGAAUGGCUUAGGGUCCCCGAGGAGAGGUUUGAAAGACAUACAAGUCAAGCGACAAAUAGCUGCAAUCCAUUGGCAUGGAUUUUCACCCCCAACCCCCUUCAAUUUUGAUACAAAGAACAAGCUAUAUCUCAUGCUACAUCUCUAAAGUGUCCCACCCAAAGUUGUUUUUGUUAUUGCAUCACGCCCAUGCUCCAAUCAGCCCAAUUAAGACAGAGUGAAAUCCUGAGCCCAGCCCAAUUCUGUCCUUUCUCCCGAUGUGUGCAGCCGUACACUCCUCCAAACACAUUUAAAACCAUUGGAUUUAAAAAGGAUAGAGAAUUGGGACAGAUGGCAUGCUUAUGUAGAGUCCCACCUCCCUCCUCUUAGGACCUGGACUGAGAAACAAACAGCAGCAUCAUCAUCAUUACCAGGAGUGCAUGGAGGAGUCCUCGGGCUCUGCCGCUAUGGACAGCAGGAUGGCCUUGGGAGUGUUCUCGAACAGGGCGGCUCUGUUCUGGGUCUGGCCCUUCUUGACCCAGUGGCC